AUGACAUGGCGACAACUACAUGGAGACUACGACCAUCUACUACAAGAACUGAACAAGGAGGACCGCAAAGGACACAAGAACUUUCUGCGCAUCUACCCUGCAUUGUUCGAGGAGAUGGUCGAAAGGCUGACGCCCAUUUUGAAGAAGGACACGAAAAUACGGCUUGCACAAGAGGUGGGACUCAAGUUGGUGGUGAAUCUCCGCCACCUGGCAAGUGGGAACGACUAUUCAAGCCUCCAAUACAGUUUCAGGGUCUCCAAGAGUUCCAUAAGCCGAUUUAUACCAUUAGUCUGCCAAGCCAUAAUCGACACAUACAAACCAGAAGUGAUGAAUUACCCCAAGACACCAGAAGAAUGGAAUGACGUAGCAAAACAAUUCGCCUCAAAGUGGAACUACUUCAACUGUGUGGGAGCCCUGGAUAGGAAGCACGUUGCGAUCAAGAAACCCAAAGGUGGAGGAUCACUGUAUUUCAAAUACAAGAAGUUCCACAGCAUCGUCCUCAUGGCCCUCUCCGAUGCAAAGUACAGGUUCCUGUUCGCCGACGUCGAUGCAGAAGGAGGUGCUGGGGAUGGAGGAACCUGGCAGAAGUGCAACCUGGCCAGGGCCAUCACAAACAACCGAGCAGGACUCCCACAAGACAGAAAUCUGCCCAACGAUGACGAACCCAUCCCCCUCCACAUAGUCGCCGACAAUGCCUUCGCUCUCAAUCCGUGGUUGAUGAAGCCCUACUCCCACCAAUCACAAGAUCCUACCGAACGACUAUACAGCUACAGAUUAUCUCGCGCUCGUCGUGUGGUGUAA